AGGGCGGAGACCCGCGGCCCCGACCCGGAACUGCAGGCGGCGGCGGCUCCGCGGGGUGCCCGGGCCGGAGUUGCUGUGUGGGGCGGGAGCUGGAGAACCGGGACCAUGCCGCCCCCCAAAGACGUGGUGAAAAUCGCCAUUCAGAUGAUGGGAGCCAUCCCGCAGCUCAUUGAACUCAACCAGACCAAGCCCCUGGCUGCGGUUGUGAAGGAGGUUUGUGACGUGUGGAACCUGGGCAACGCCGAGCACUACGCCCUGCAGUAUGUGGACGGGCAGCAGACGUACAUCACCGAGUCGAACCGCGCGGAGAUUAAGAAUGGGAGCAUUCUGCGGCUGACCACUUCUCCGGAUCAGGAGGCAGAACGGCUGCACAGUGGGAUCCGGAGUCACAACCAGGACGUGAAGGCAGACUCCCUGAAGAAGCUGGCGGACCUCUCCCGAGACAUCACCUUUGCCCAGGAGUUCAUCAAUCGGAACGGCCUGAAACAGCUCUUCCUUAUUGUGGAAGAGGGGAACGAUACAGGGGAGAUUCUAGCUCACACCCUGAAGGCAUUCAUGGAGCUGAUGGAGCACGAUUUUGUCUCCUGGGAGACGCUGAGUCCGGCCUUCAUCAAAAAAAUCGUGAGGUACGUCAACACGGGUGGGAUGGACGCCUCCAUCCAGCAGCUCUCCCUGUCCAUCCUGGAGAACAUGGUCCCGAGCAGCCGCCCCCUCUUUGAGCUAGUCAAACGUGAAGUGACCCUGGAUCGCCUCCUCACCCACCUGCAGGUGACCAACCAGCAGCUGCAGCUCAAAGCCAUGGCGCUGCUCAUCGCCCUGCUGCUGAAUGCCAGCGACGCCGAGAGGAGGGACAUGAUGGGCUAUCUGGGCGAGAGGAACAUCCGGCAGUUCAUUCACAAGAACAUUAUCCACGCCUCGGAGCCGAUGGGGGAUGAGAUGGCCCAUUACCUCUACGUGCUGCAGUCCAUCACCCUCAACCUGCUGGAGCGGAGGAUGCGGACCCCCAUGGACCCCUACUCGCAGGAGCAACGGGAGCUUCUCCAGUUCCUGCGUCACAGCGCCUUCGAGUCGGAGAGCGAGGCUUCUUCCGGCACCGUCAGCGCGGAGCGCCGGCGUUCGGUGUGUGUCACGGAGUUCCGCAAGCUGGGCUUCCAGAACCACAGUAAUCCUGCCCAGGACCUGCACCGCGCGCCCCCGGGACUGCUGGCCCUGGACAACAUGGUCUACUUCUCCAGACACUGCCCGAGUGCCUAUAGCAGAUUUGUCCUUGAGAACAGCAGCCGUGACGAUAAACACGAGUGCCCGUUUGCCCGGAGCAGCAUCCAGCUCACCCUGGCCCUCUGCGAGAUCCUGCACGUCGGGGAGCCAUGCUCGGAGACGGCCCAGGCCUUCUACCUCAUGUUCUUCGGGCAGGACCACUUCUUCCAGGAGCUCUUCUGUAUCUGCAUCCAGCUGCAGAACAAGACCUGGAAGGAGAUGCGUGCCACGCAGGAGGACUUCGACAAGGGAACUGCGAGAGAGGCUGAAGCCCGAGCUCCUGGAGCUGAUCCGCCAGCAGCGGCUCCUGCGGCUCUGCGAGGGGACCCUCUUCCGCAAGAUCAGCAGCCGCCGCAGACAGGAUAAGCUGUGGUACUGCCGCUUGUCCCCCAACCACAAGGUGCUGCACUACGGAGAUGUGGAGCAGGGGGUGCAGAGCCCCCCCAUCGAGAGCCUGCCGGAGAAGCUUCCCGUGGCCGACAUCAAGGAGCUGCUGGUUGGCAGGGAGUGCCCGCACAUGAAGGAGAAGGGCUCCGGGAAGCACAACAAGGAUGUCCUGGACCUAGCCUUCUCCAUUAGCUACGACGUGGAGGAGUACUACCUGAACUUCAUCGCCCCCACUCGCUACGAGUUCUGCCUGUGGACGGACGGCCUGAACGUGCUGCUGGGCCGGGAGAUGACGAGCGAGCGAACCCAGAGCGAGCUCGACAUCCUGCUCUCCAUGGAGCUCAAGCUGCGCCUCCUGGACCUGGAGAACAUUUCCAUCCCCGACGCCCCUCCCCCCCUCCCCAAGCCCCCCAGCAACUUAAACUUCUGCUAUGACUUCAGCCCCAGUGAACAGUGAGGGCCUUCCCCCCCGCCAUGGUGCUCUCGCUCCCCCGAGCCAGCCCCAGCUCCCGGCCCUGCUCGCGGCAAGUCUGGCCCAGAGGCUGCGCUGGAAGGGGGAGGAAGGGAAAACCUGGCUCCCCGCUGUGGCCCCUCCUGCUGGGCAGAGAGCGAGUGGGGGAAGGGCUGGUGGGUGAGGGCCAUGAUCUCCUUUCCCCCCUCGUCCUGGUUCUGCCCCGGGGGAGCCGCCGAGCCCUGGCUCCACUUCCCCCUUCCCCCUAGGGCAGCCUCCCACCCCUGCCACUUGCUGCCCUGACCGAGCAGGGCUCACCCAAGUGCCUCAUUGCCCCACACUGCACUGGUGCUGCUGCUGUUACUGCGCCAUGGGGGGUGGCCUGGGGCGCCCCGCUCCCCACGGCAGGCUGCUCCUGGGGGGUUGACAGAGCCUUUGGCAACCCACCGGGUCCCUCGGAGCUGGCACCAUCCUCCCCCAAGAGUCCUCACCUGCUGCGCUGGUACGAUACGGGGCAUCUGGGCACACCCCAGGGAAAGACGCCGAGGUGGCACCCGAGAAGGUACGAUUCUGUGCUGCCCCGCGCUCGCCCUGCCGCUCUCUGGGCACGGGACACACAGUGAUAAGUGACAGCCUGGGGGGGGGCUGGUACCUCUCCCUGGCCCGGUACCCGCUGAGGAUCUCUCUGCUGCCGGCUCGUUAGCCGAAUGCCUGGCAAGGGUGGGCUCAGCCCCGCAGGAGGAAGCUAAACUGUCACACUGCAGGGCAGGGCCCAGCUGGCGCCCUGAGCUUUGACGUGGUGCCAGCAGCCCCCCUUAUUCUUUAUGGACAAGAGGGCGUUCUGGGGAGAAUCUGCCUUCCAGCAGCUAAGGUGUUAAAGCUGCUGGGGCCAAAUGGCUGAGCGACUCUGAGCACAAGGAGAAAGGGAGUCACUUCCAGUCCCCUCUGCCAGCCUCCCUGAGCUGGGCCUGCUGGCGCCUGGCUGGGGGGAGCUGAGGCUGGGCAUAGGCGGGCGCCUGCUGCAGGCUCCACUGUCACUCGGGGCUGAAGUCUGCACCCCGGGAAUCCCGGCCAGGCUGCCAACGCCCUACCGGGCCUGUGGCUCGAGCCGAGCCAUGCCUGGUCACAGCCCAGCACUGACUGCCUCGCCCCUCCUACCGUCUACCCUGCCCCCCUUCGCCAGAAUGCUGCACUUACUAACCGGCCAGCCCGUUUCCCUUGCCCCUCACCCUGCUCUGUACCACUCCAGCCUGGUGCUUCUACUGCGAGAGGUACCCCGUGGCACCAGGCCCUUCCCCCCACCUCUAUAUGGGACUCUAAUAAUACUAAGGGACUAACCUGCCUGAUUGUCUCACACUGGAUCUGCACUGUCCCCUGCCCUGGGGCUGGAGAGGGCUGAGAACAGAGCCCUUCCACCCCCCAGCGUUUGGACAAUAAACACUUGUACGGAGAAA